AUGGCCUCUCAGUACACUCCCCGCCUUAUUGGCGCUCCCAAUACGCUCGAGCACCGUGUGUUUCUCGAGCAGAACGGCAGCCCCAUCUCGUCCUGGCACGACAUUCCCCUGUUCGCGGACCGCAACAAUGGCAUCCUGAACAUGAUCGUCGAGGUCCCUCGCUGGACCAACGCGAAGAUGGAGAUCUCCAAGGAGGAGCCGUUCAACCCCAUCAAGCAGGACAUCAAGAAGGGCCGUCUGCGCUACGUGCGCAACUGUUUCCCUCACCACGGUUACAUCUGGAACUACGGCGCGUUCCCCCAGACCUGGGAGGAUCCGACCCAGACCCACGCUGAGACCAAGGCCAAUGGUGACAACGACCCGCUUGAUGUCUGCGAGAUCGGCGAGCAGGUUGGGUACAUCGGCCAGGUCAAGCAGGUCAAGGUCCUUGGUAUCAUGGCGCUCCUCGAUGAGGGUGAGACGGACUGGAAGGUCCUCGUCGUCGACGUCAACGACCCGCUUGCCUCCAAGCUGAACGAUAUCGAGGACGUCGAGAGGCACCUGCCCGGUCUCGUCCGCGCGACGAACGAGUGGUUCCGGAUCUACAAGAUCCCCGAUGGCAAGCCCGAAAACCAGUUCGCUUUCUCGGGCGAGGCCAAGAACAAGAAGUACGCGACGGAAAUUAUCCACGAGUGCCAUGAGGCAUGGCGCCGUCUCGUCAGCGGUGAGGUCCCCGCAAAGACGGCCUCGUACGAUCUGUCUAUCCGCAACUUGACCGCCCCUAACUCCGCCGGUCACGUCACCAAGGACGACCCGUCGUACACCAGCAUCCCUUCCGACUCCAGGAAGCCUCCUGCACCCGUCGACCCUUCCAUCUCAAAGUGGUUCUACAUUGCGUCUGCUCCGGUAUAA